AUGGGAGCGGCGGCAGACGCGGAGUGGCUGCGCUGGGUGAGCAAACAGUUCGGGAAUGUCGCUGGGAAGGAGAAGGAAAUCAGCCUGGAAGAGUUCAAAUCCGCCCUGCAGGUCAAGGAGUCCUUCUUUGCCGAGAGGUUUUUUGCGCUCUUCGAUUCCGACGGGAGCGGCUCCCUGAGCCGGGAGGAGCUGCUGGGAUCCCUGCGCCGGCUGCUCCACGGGAAUUCCAUGGAAAAGCUCCAAUUCCUCUUCCAGGUGUACGAUGUGGAUGGGAGCGGCUCCAUCGAUGCCGAGGAGCUGCUCCAGGUGCUCCGGGGGUGUCUCCGGGAGAGCUCCCUGGCCCUUCCCGAGGAGCGGCUCGGAGCCCUGAGCCAGGCCCUGCUCCAGGCCUUGGACCGGGAUCACAGCGGCUCCAUCACCUUCCCCGAACUCCGGGAACAGCUGGAAGCGUUCCCAGAGCUCCUGGAGAACCUGAGCAUCAGUGCUGCCAGCUGGCUGAAGCCUCCCAGUGCCAGUCCCGCUGGGCACUGGCUGGAUCAGCGGGCCGGGCUGUGCUGCCUGGGGGCCUGGGUCGCCAUCUCGGCGCUCCUGCUCGCCCUGGGGGCCCUGGGGCACCGCGAGCGCGGCCCCGCCCUGGCGCUGGCCCGGGGCUGCGGGCAGAGCCUGAACCUCAACUGCGCCCUGCUGGCCGCUCUGGUGCUGCGCCGCUCCCUGACCUGGCUGCGCCGCUCUCCGCUGGCCGCGCUUUUCCCGCUGGAGCUGCACGUGCGGGGCCACGAGCGGGUGGCACACCUGGUGCUGGCCCUGGCGACCGCGCACGCGGGGGCACACCUGGCACACGUGGGGCUGGCCCGGCGGGACUGGCAGGUGGCCCUGGGCGAGUACGUGCGGCGGGCGCGGGCGGGCGCGGGCGGCGUGGCGGGCACUGCCCCGCAGACCGGGCUGGCCCUGCUGGCGCUGCUCCUGGCCAUGCUCCUCUGCUCCAGCCCCUGCGUGCGCCGCGGCGGCCACUUCGAGGUUUUUUACUGGAGCCACCUGUCCUACAUCUCCGUGUGGUUCCUGCUGCUCCUGCACGGUCCCCACUUCUGGAAGUGGUUCCUGAUUCCCGGCUCCCUGUUUUUCCUGGAGAAGGUUCUGGGCUGGGUGUGGCGCCGGGCGGGGGACCUGCACAUCCUGGAGGCCAGGCUGCUGCCCUCCAAGGUGACCCACCUGGUGAUCCAGAGGCCAAAAUCCUUCCGCUUCCAGCCGGGGGAUUACGUCUACCUGAACAUCCCGGCCAUCGCCGCCUACGAGUGGCAUCCCUUCUCCAUCAGCAGCGCUCCCGAGCAGCCAGAAACCCUCUGGCUGCACAUCCGGGCGCGGGGCCAAUGGACCACCAAGCUCUACGAGUACUUCCAGCAGCUGGAAUUGCACGGCCCGGAGCCAAAUCCACCCGGGAAGAGCCGGCACUGGGAACAGGAAGGAUCCGUGGCCUCUGGCAGGGAUGGAGCCGUGGAGCUGACGGCAUUCCGAGCCUCCGGAGCCGCUUUCCCGGGAAAGGACCUGGAGCAGGGGGGCUCCGAGCCUGGGGAGACCCCACGGAGCUGCAGCGUCAAGUGUUUCCUGGACGGUCCCUACGGAACUCCGAGCGGGCGGAUCUUCAGCUCGGAGCACGCCGUUCUCAUCGGAGCCGGCAUCGGCAUCACGCCCUUCGCCUCCAUCCUGCAGAGCAUCAUGUUCCGGUACCGGCGGCAGAAGCAGAGCUGCCCAAGCUGCCAUUUCUCCUGGAGCGAGGAACGGCGGGAUGAGGAGAUGACACUCCGGAAGGUGGAUUUCAUCUGGAUCACGCGGGAUCAGCAGCACCUGCAGUGGUUCCUCGGCCUCCUGGCCAAGCUGGAGUCGGAGCAGGCAGAGCUGGAGCCGGGAGGGAAGUUCCUGGAGCUGCACCUGUACAUGACCUCGGCGCUGGGCAAGGGGGACGUGAAGGCGCUGGGGCUGCAGCUGGCCCUGGACCUGCUGGCGGCGCAGGAAAAGCGGGAUUCCAUCUCCGGGCUCCGCAGCCGCACCCAGCCCGGCCACCCCGACUGGGCCAAGGUGCUGGGGAAGGUGGCGGCGGAGCGGCGCGGGAAGGUCCAGGUGUUCUUCUGCGGCUCCGCGGGGCUGGCCAAGGUCAUCCACGGGCACUGCCGGACCUUCGGAUUCCGCUUCUCCAAGGAAAACUUCUGA